AGCUUUCCUGCCAGCUUUUGAGCUGUGGAAGCCUUGUGCGCUCAGGACAUGCACCAGGGCAGGAGCGGCGUCGAUUCUGAGAGCACUCCAAAAGCUAUAACUUAAAAGUGCAGAAUUAAAAAUUUCUGGAGAAGAAGUAACUACAAAUAAUAUUUUAGGAAAGGUAUUGUACUCUAUAAAAACCCUAAUGUUACAUUGCUGGAAGACAAAAUGCCUAUUUACACGGUUCCUGCAAGAAGCGUCUCUGGGGCACAACAUGCUACUGCUUUACAAAAGACUUCUUCACAGAAUACCUUUACCAGCAGCAAAGCAUCUGGGCAGCGACAGGAAUCACAGGUGUCAGGAGAAGAGGCGGAUAGUCUGCUUUCAUGUUGUCAGAAUAAAUCUGAGGAAAUAAAUAGGACCUACGUGAUUUCAGCCUGUAAAAAAGCGGGUGAUGCAUCAACUCCACUGAAACCUGAAGGCAGAUUAACACUCCAGAGGAGAACUAGAGCAAGCAACAAAUCAGUGUCCAGUGGCGAAGUAUUGCCUACAAACACAACACAGAGCAUGGAAAAUACACAAACGGAGAAAAGGCUUACUCUGCAGAGGCGUGUGAGGACUGGCUCCACAGAAAGGAGUAAAAUUAAUCAGAAUACUGUGCCUGGAAUUGAAAAUGACGACUCUGCCACACAAAGAAAUUACAGGAUUGCACUUCCUCCAAGUACUAAUAGUAAUGAUACCCGUGAUGUUAAACCAAAGUUUAAGUUAGUGGAGGGUCAGUCAAGCACACAGUUGCAGUGUAAGCAGAACAGCAAGAAUUCUUCCUGCUUUGUUGAUGGUUUGCGUGAAAAUGAUACCUGCGUGCAUUUAAAACAUAGGACAGGCACUGCUGGCACCAAAUUUGAAAGUGAAGUUCCUAAGUCAGAACAAUUAGUUGCCUCAAAAGAUAUGAAUAGGGUAUCAGGAGAACAAAUGAAUGAAAAUGUCAAUAUAAAUAAGAUAGCCGGAAAGCAAAGAUUACAGCACUUGAUUAUAAAACAUAACAGUCUGGAAAGGCCAAGUACGCCAGUAAAAGGCUCAGCAGAAGGAUUUAAUCAUAAAUUUCUUACACCAAAGAACAGCACUUCUCGGGAUCAACCAUCUCUAUCUGCUUCAAAUAAGCGAACGCCUCAUCUUCAGGUUUUAGCCAAAAAGAAAACUAGUGUCUCCAGCUCUGCUGUGACUGGAAGCUCAAAACCAAAAGAGAACACAGAAACUUUAGCUGAGAGCAAAAGCACUGAGAAAGACUGUUUUAAAGUGGAAAACAGCAAAGUGAUCGUAGCUGUGCGUGUACGUCCUUUCAGUAACAGAGAGAAAAAUGAUAACUUGCUCCCUGUGAUCUCCAUGAGUGGUUCAGAGACGACUGUGCGAAAUCCAGCCACAAAACAAGUUUACAGCUUCAGUUAUGACUUCUCUUUCUGGUCUUUUGACAAGUGUCAUCCUACUUUUGCAAGCCAAGCAAUGAUUUAUAAAACUUUGGCAGUGCCACUCCUAGAAAGAGCUUUUGAGGGAUUUAACGCUUGUCUUUUUGCCUAUGGACAGACUGGUUCUGGAAAAUCAUACACAUUUGUUGUUUGCUGGACUUGUUGGUUUGUUUUUUUUCUCUCCACCUUCAGGAUGAUGGGAUUUGAUGAAGACAGAGGAAUAAUUCCAAGACUUUGUGAAGAUCUUUUCACACGAAUAGCACAAAUGGACAAGAAACAGGCGGUUUUGUAUCAUCUUGAAAUGAGCUUUUUUGAAGUAUACAAUGAGAAAAUUCACGAUUUGCUUGUUUUUAAAGCUGAAAGCGAACAGAAGAAACAACCACUUCGUGUAAGAGAACAUCCAGUGUUAGGACCAUACGUGGAAGGCCUGACUGUGAAUGUUGUUACUUCUCAUUCUGAUAUCCAGAGUUGGCUUGAGCUAGGAAAUAAACAGAGAGCAACAGCUGCUACAGUAAUGAAUGACAAGAGCUCUAGAUCUCAUUCCGUCUUCACCCUUGUCAUGACACAAACCAAGGUAGAAUUUGUGGAUGAAGAACAGUGUGAUCGUAGGCUUACCAGUCACAUAAAUCUAAUUGAUUUAGCUGGUAGCGAAUGCUGCUCCAAAGCUCAGACCACUGGAGAAAGGCUGAAGGAGGGUGUGAGUAUCAAUAAAUCACUGUUAACCCUUGGAAAGGUUAUUUCUGCACUCUCUAAACAAUCUCAAAAUGGAAAGAAAAUUUUCAUUCCUUACCGGGAAUCUGUCCUUACUUGGUUGUUAAAGGAAAGUCUUGGUGGAAAUUCGCAAACUGCUAUGAUUGCUACAGUAAGUCCAGCUGCCAGCUGUACAGAAGAAACACUCAGCACUCUUCGCUAUGCAAAGCAAGCUUGUUCCAUUAUCAACAUUGCUAAAGUAAAUGAAGACAUGAAUGCCAGACUCAUCAAAGAAUUGAAAGCUGAAAUUGAAAAACUGAAGGCGGCUCAGAAGAAUGCUCUUAACACUGAUCCUGAAAAAUACAGACGUUAUUUGCAGGAAAUAACAUCUCUGAGGGUAAAACUGCACCAGCAGGAGAGGGACAUGGCAGAAAUGCAAAGUGCUUGGAAAGAGAAAUUUGAACAAGCAGAAAAAAGGAAAUUAGAAGAUAUAAAAGAAUUGCAGAAAGCAGGAAUUGCAUUCAAAAUGGACAAUCACUUACCGAACCUUGUUAAUCUCAAUGAAGAUCCUCAGCUUUCUGAGGUCCUCUUGUAUAUGAUCAAAGAAGGAGAAACUACAGUUGGAAGGCAUACGCCAAAUUCGAAACAUGAUAUCCAGCUUUCUGGAGUGCUAAUUGCUGAUGACCAUUGUAUUAUAAGAAAUAAUGUUGGCAAAGUGAGUAUUAUUCCACUGAGAGAAGCAAAGACAUAUGUAAAUGGGAAAUGCAUUCUAGAGCCAACAGUUCUGCAUCAUGGUGAUCGAGUGAUCCUUGGGGGAGACCAUUAUUUCAGGUUUAAUCAUCCAGCAGAGGUGCAGAAAGUUAAAGGGCCAUCUUGUGGGACUAUGUUUUUGCAUGAUGGUCGAAAAGACUUUGAAUUUGCAAAGAAUGAACUGCUUAUUGCACAGAGAAGACAGCUUGAAUCAGAAAUUGAAGAGGCACGUCUCAAAGUGAAAGAAGAAAUGAUGCAAAGUGUCCAAAUUGCAAAAGAAAUGGUUCAACAAGAACUGACUUCACAAAAGGAAGCUUAUGAAAGCAAAAUAAAAUCACUGGAAGCAGAGGUGAGAGAAGAAUCUCGUAAGAAGCACAUCCAAGAGCUGGAUAACCAAAAAGCUGCAAGUAAAAUACAGGAGCUGGAGAAGGCAAAGCAAGAUCUUGAGCUAGAACUGCACUUCAAUAGGAAGCGUUUAGAAAUGGAGACCUUGGCUACCAAGCAGGCUCUUGCAGAUCAUAGUAUUCGUCAUGCAAAGAUAAUUGAAGCUCUCGAAGCUGAGAAGCAGAAGAUUGCUGAAGAAAUACAGAACCUUCAGAAGAAUCGUGGAAGUGGAAAUAAAACUAUGACUAUCCCACUUAACUGGAAUUCUCUGAAGCUAUCUGUGAUGAUCAAAGAGGCCAACACGAUUAGUAAUGAAUUAGGGAAAAACACUAUUUUUUACAGGCACGACAAAGUUGAUAAAACGGGAACAGUGUCUUCUGUUCAGGUGCAGGUUCGUAACAUCAAACUGGGAAUAGCAACUUUCUGGAGCCUAGAGAAAUUUGAAAGCAAACUAGCAGCAAUGAAGGAACUCUAUGAGAGUAAGGAUAGCGAUAAAGCUGCUGAUGUAUUUUAUGACCCUGCCGAUGAGUGGGAACCUGACCUUACAGAUGCCUCGGUUUCUUCUCUUUCCAGAAGAAGAAGCAGAAGUUUCAUGAAGAGCAAGAGAAUUUCUGGGUGUUUGUCUGAGAUAAAACUACAAUCAAUUCAGAAUAUACAGACUUCCUCUGUGUCAGGUUCACAGAAUAAGUCCAGUGUAUGCCCAAGCCCAAGCUUUUCUGAAUCAUUUCUUCCUGGAAUUUGCAAAGAAUCUAUAAGUUCGUCUUUAGAUUUCCUGGAACAGAAUCAUGAAGGAGGAAAAAGCAUAGCAGAUAGCAUCCUAACUAAUUUGUUUACAAUUUUCUCUGGAGUUUCUGCCAUUUCAAAAGCCUAUGAACAGCAAGGUGAAGAGUGUCAAGAAAACUUUUUCUCUCUUGACCGUGCUGCUCAGUCCUACAGCAUCAGAAUUAUUUCUGCUUUUGAACGGCUUGUGGUUCUAACCAAGCUCUGGCUUCACAAUGUCCAAAAGUGCCCUGGACCUAUAAAAGCUGAUGAAGAAAUGAAACAGGAAGUAAAGAACCUGGGAAGUUAUUUACAGUUACUGUUGCAGGGAUGUUCUUCAGAUAUAUCCUCAAUGGUAACAGAAGCAUGCAGCAAAGUAAACCAGACAGUAAAACAAGCAAUGAAAUACAUAGGACACUUGGCAAUUGUCACAAGAGCUGGUAUUUUCUUUCCUGAAGAGAACAAUAUUCCUGCAACUAUUCUACAGGAAUUUGUACUUGCCGUUUAUGACGGAGUAGGCUCAGGGCUGGAAUUUCUUGUUGAUACUGUACAGGAAAAAGCAAGAAUUGUGCAGAAAGAACUCGCACAACAACAUCCACAAAAUGAGAUUCAAAGUCGAAUCAAGGAUAAUGUUUUGGCAUUAGCCAGAUUCCUUGAAAGUAACAUGUCUUACUGCAGAAAGAAAGAAAUUGAAUCUCGGUUACCAGAAGAGGAAUAUCUAUAUUGGGAAAUAAAGAAGAGCACUAACAUUGCUGAAAAAUAUUUGGAAUUGGAGCAGUGCCUAGCUGAAAUAUGUCGAAUUGCUUCUUCUACAUUACAAGGGUCGUACAGGAACACAAGCCCUCUCAGGAGCUUUGCAGAUAAGAUUUGUAUCAUAGCUGGAUAUUGUAACAACUAUUUCAGUGUACUGUCUUCUACUUUUGCAAACAAUCCUAUGCAGAAAAUACCCAUGCCUUUUAUGAACUUGGAUGAACUGGACUCUCUGGUUGAUUCCCUUAUUAUAAAUUUUGAACUUGAACAAGAACAGCCACCGUUGAAAUCUCAAACUUUUUGUAAUGAAACUACUGAGAUUCAAGGAGGACACGUUGAAACAGGUGCAGUUGAAACUGCUUGGAAAAGGAAGGAGAUUCCAAAACACACAAAUGAAUGCCAGUCUUCACCUCCAUUUCAUGCAGAGCUUUCACCUGUUAGGAUACAGUGGGUAUAAAAUGCUAUUAUCAAGAAAUUCAGGGAAACCUGAAGGGAAAAGCAACAUAUCACAAAAAGCUAAAAUUUAUUGCUAAUAUUAUUAGUAAGCAGAAUAAAAGUAAAAAACGUGAUUGUAUGAGGACCAGUACCCUAAAUUUCACAAGAAAAGAUGGAAUUCCUUAAGGGGCUGUUAGUAAUAUAGUGCCUUUUUUUUUUAUUAAAGCUAUUACCUAUGUCUAUAAGAAAUAAUUUAAUACAGUAAGUUAAAAAAAAAACUCUUGGAGAUAAUAUGAAUGGAGAAACUAAGAACUGUUGGGGAAUAACUAGGAAAGUCUGUAAACACUUGGUGGGACAUUCGCAUCUCUUAAUCUUAAAUCUUUGACUUAGGACUCUUGUGCAGCUGUAGAAGGAGACUGCUUUGAAGGGCAUUUGUAACAUGCAUUUAUGUUGCGUACAGUUGGAUAAGAAGAUUGCCAAACCCCCAAAACUCGCAAAAAAUCCAAAGCAAGAACUUUGUGUUUAUUUCUGUAGGGGAAAACCAUGAGAGAUAGUAAAAGAAUGCUUUUUUUAGUGAUUUUGUAGUCCAUUGAAAAAUCUAGUCUUAAAGUAUAAGUGAGGUUGCUCUUCAAAACUCAGUCAAAAGUAAGUUCAUCUUGACUGUUGCUGCUCACAAAUUGUCUUUGGAUUGCUCAAAUCACUGUCAGUACUAUUCAUAACAGCUUAGAAGCAUAAACAUUCCUAAAUAAGUACAUCAUCCCAUGAGGUUGUAGAAAACUUUGCCAAUCAACUACUUCCUUGUCCUUUUUACUGUAAUCAUCGUUUAACCUCUUCCCUAUAGUCUGCUGGCUGAAGCCAGUGAAAAUUGGGUGAAAAUUAAUUUGAAUUUUUAUUUUUUAAUACCAGGUUCACUUUAAUGCUGCGUUCUAGGAGGCCUAGACCUAGCACAUCUUACCCAGAACAAUGCUAAGAAAUUCAAAAGCUAAACCUAAAAAUUUUUCCUGUGUGUUAAAGCUUCCAAGCCAGGUAUUCAUAGCUAUCAUCUUUCCUUCUGAUGGAAGAUGCUUGACAUCUUGAGAAUUUCAGUCUUCAAGAACAUGUCUGUGAAAAGACUACAGUGAAGAGAGUUAAUCAUUCUUUUUCUUUGAAAACUUUCACACAAUUGUUAACAAUUAUAUUCAUUGAUUCUGUGCUUUGCUCAUGUGGAGGAAAGGGGGAAAAGGAAUUAUGCUGAACCAAUAACCCACGUAAGUUUUUAGUAAUACUCGUGUACCUUAAUACUUUGCAAAAAAACCCCAAUCUUGCAGUGCAGACCUACCAUCAAAAAUAUUCAGUAGUUUUUAUUGCAACUAAGAAUUUCCUUCUUACAUGAAGUGUGAUGUUGCUUAAUCGCUUUCCUACUGUAAAGGUCUUUACAAGUCUGCUUAAUGGUUAUCAAAGUAUAUUCAGCUGUUCAGAUUUGAAUGCUUUAAAAGUGAGGAGGAACCUGGUGUGAUUCUCCUUCUGUAAUUGUAUUAUUUUGCAUUUGGCUGAAAGUUUUUUAGAACACAGCUGGUCCUUGUGAAUCAUGUAUGUAAGUGGGAGCGUUGUAAAGGGUAAAACUAGAUCACGUAACUGAUUGCCAGUAUUUAGCUUUAAGUGUAAAUUCCUUAUCAUACAGUUGUUUUUGAGACCUUCUUUUGUCACUGUGAGAGCACUGCUUCCUUGCUGAAAGUAUUGUAGUGUAAAAUCCUGAAAUACUGCUAAGAAGUUUUUUCUGUAGCUUGCAAGUGAAACUUAACAAAGACAUAUUUACCUAAGUUUCUUUCCUUUUUAAAAAAAAUUUAACAGCACACAUUUAGUGGCUGAAUACCUUUGAACUAAUCUAUGUUUAUUAAUGUCACAAUACUAAAUGUCUUCCAAUUUCUGCUAAUAAAUACGGUGUUGUGAUGUCAAUUCCCCAUUUCAAAAUUAUUCAAGUGUGUUACUGAUGCUCCAUCUGCCUAGAUGAUUCAUCGUGUUUGCUUCUGUAAUUAUAUUUAAUGAGAAGCGUUGCUCAGAAAGCAUCUUGGGUUUGUAGUUCUGUGUAUGGUGAGAACUUUUUUUGUCUGGUCCCCUCCCCCCCUUUCUAGAAGUGAAAAAUGAGUUCUUUAUGAACUUGGAGCUCAAACUGACUUUCAGUUUUUAGCCUUUCUGAAACUCAGGAGAAAGAAACCAUGCAAACAAAUGGGUUUCUGGUGGAGUUUUAACUGAAGUAUCGGAUGGGCACCCUUCAUCAUACCAGAUAUAGAUUUUGAGGACAGGUGAAAAUGUUGCCAGUAACUUCCUGCUGCUUGGUUCUUUGUGUCUUUUUUUUCCCUUCAAGCUAACUAACCAUGUCUAAUCAGUUCACUAAUCAGUCUCUUUCUUAUUCACAUUGUUAAUAUUAUAUCCCCAUUUUAGAGUAAUAUGUUAACAAACCCCACUUCUGCUAAUGUUUUCUUCAGCUUUGUGCCCUUGCUGUAGUUAUACCUCAGGAAAUAUUUCAUUCUUAUGAUACAUAUGGUGACUGCACAUCAUCGGAGUAAGCGAGUGCUCUUGCAACACAUUGCAUUAAUACAUCAACGAGCCUAGCUGAGGCUCUGCUAAUCUAGUGGUGUAAUGUACCAUAAGAUAAGGUGUGUUUAUAGGGUAGUCUAUCUAUAAAUUAUGUGUGUUAAGGGAUUGGGUUGGUAGCAGGCAGAUUUGGGAAUGAAUUUAUUCAAAUGGUACGUUAUUUUACCAGUCUUCCCGAGGAGCUAGGUGUAGGUGUGGGUUAGGUGCAGGUGAACAGAGGACUUGACAUGGCUGUGAACAGUCUCUGCUUUACCUUCUAGGCAUGGUGGUGAAAUGAAGGAGACUCUAAUAUUGCCAAGAUAAAGGGAUGUAGAGUGGUCCAGAUAUUUUCACCAUCUUGCAUUUUUGUAGAUCUGACUGUAACGUAAUAUCUGGACAGCCUCUGGGAGAAAGUGAUAAUACACAGAGGAAUCUUCUUGUUAUAGUACCUUUGGGGUUUGUUCUAAAGCAUAAACUAAAGCAGACUCAAAACCAAUGCAAUAUAAGCACUGUUUUUACUUUAGUGUAUCACAAAGUUAAUUACUUUUGCAGGAUUGUAUAUUGAUGUUGUAAAUUUCUCUAAUGGAGGAAUUCACAUAGGAGUGGGAUCAAACCCAGUAUUUAUUAAAACACCUUCUGGUAAUUAAUUGUUGAUAGAAUUAAGAUGUUUAUUUCCACCAGAUAACUGUCCACACCAUACAUACAUUGACUUAUUCUUUCACACUUCACUUGCACCCACGCAUAGAAAUCACUCCUAGCUACAAGUUUGAAGUAACAGCUGUGAGCUUCUGACUCUGAAGUGGAGGUUCAUGUUGGCUCACCCUUAAGGCUUACUUACCCCUCAGCACUUAGGCUUUCUCUCUUUGCAUAACACUUUCUAGCUGCUGUUUCUUCAUCUGUAGCCAUACGUACCCACAGAGGCCACACAGGCUCGCAGGACUGGGGCUUUUACGGGUUUGGCUGAAGCUUGGUCACUAUAGCAGCUGAUAACCUGCUUCUGCUGAGAGCACUAAAUGUGGUCUUGAAAGGAUUUCUCUGGGGUCCUCAAAUCUGCAGUCUUCAGCUCUGUGACUCUGAAAGAAACAUUGAAAAGUUAGAAAUACACAUGGGGGGAGUGGGAAAUGUUAUGAAAGUUAGAAUGUUAGAAACGUGAAUGGGAUGUAUUGUUUACUGAAGUUAUGAUGGCUUUAUUUUGUUAUGUGUUGAUGUAAUCUGUAGUUUAUGGGUUGAUUGUGGUGGUGUUUUGGGGUUCUGGUUGAUUUGUUUGUUUGCUUCCUUUAAUGUUUUCUCUUAUUCUCUCAGGAAAAUAUUCUUUGGCCAGGUUUCAGAUAAAAAGUAGUUAGAACGUUAUGUACUUGGCCCCAUGGAUUUUAUUUUCAAAUAUAAAAGAAAAAGAAAGGGGCUUGUUUUUAACUUUAUAUUUAAAGUGGGAGUAUGGGGUAUUCACACUUCUGCACUCUAGCUUCAAUUGAAAAUACAAAACUAAGAAAAAUCUAAAUAAUGAAAUAAACUACCUUCAUAACAAGUCACUUGAAGCUCUAGUAACUUCAAGGAUAAGAGAGGAAGUUGUUUCUUCAAUUCAAUACUUUAUUUGAAAAAUAGUACUACAUUAAUAAAAAUAAAUAAUGAUUCUGAGAUUAUUGAUCUGCGACUUUACUGCUUUUUACAACUCAGCCUCUAGUUUUAUUUGGCUUAAUGGUAGGAAAAAAAAUCACACAUUUUCACAUCAUCCAGCAUUAAUACACAAAGUAAACUACCACAAAAAAGAUAAAUAAAUUGAUUUUUGUUGCGGAAUUUGGUAAAGCCAUGGAAGUCAAACUAACUGUCAUUAGGCACUAAACUGUUCAUUUUUAUUCUUAAUCAGGAAUAAGAAACUCCUUUAUUUCAGGUAAGGAUAAUCUUGGGACUAAGUAUAUCUUCAGAACAGGAAUGUUGGACCACUUGAGAAGCCUUCAAACAACAUUAGUCCAUCUUUUUGAGACAUUUUGUAUGUAAAUGCACUUUUAGGAGAGAGCACUUUUUAAAGAACGUGUACCAGUGUUAUAAAUUAAGGUUAAGUAAACUCUUCUAGCGUUCACUGGCUCAUGAGAAUACUCUAGAUGAAGAAAACAACAAACUGCUGUUUAGAUUUAAUUUGAUCUAAUAAUGGCAUCUGCAGGCAGAAGAGGAGACUACAUCUGAUUCACCUCUGCCAAUACAAGCUAUUAUUUCUAGACAGGAGAUUUCUUAUUCUUUAUGUACUCUAUCAUUUUUUAAAUAUUUAAUUAAAAAAAUAAUAAUAUUAAAAAUAGUAAUGUUUGCCAUCUUUUCUUUGUUUUCUGCUCCUUCUAGGGCUUGAAAUGAGUGUACUCUUGAAUAUUUUUCCUGCCAUCUCUUUUAGUUUUACUCUUAUUGUCUCAUUCUGUUUAUGUUCAUGAUAGUGUUGGUUUCUAAAAUGGGGGAUGGUGUUUAUAUUCUAAUCAACAUUCAUAUAACUUGAUUAUUGCAGUGAAAAUUGGACAAAACUGAAAAAGACGUCUCUUGAGCUAACAUUUCAUCAGCAGUGAGCACCAUAGACAACAGAAAAAGUACUCUUUCAGGUAUCUUUCAAUCUCAGGUAAUUUUGAAUACUUCAGUUCAUUAAAGUAGGUCCAAGUAAAUUGUAAUCAGAAAGUUGUAUGAAUAGUUGAAGGAAAGGAGGGGAAGUAUCAGAGAAAACUUAUGGUCGUAAUUUGUAAUUAAAAAAAACUCAAACCACAAAUGAAUAACCAAGCCAGCCCCUCAGAUUCCUGUGGAGUUAAGCUAUAUUCUGUCUUCUAUGCAGAUUCCUUAAGCCUAUUGCAAGCAUUACUUUAUUAGUCUUUACACAACUCUUGUGGCUUAAUAACAGAUACUUCACUUGCAUUCGUAAAUGCUACUGUCUGAAUAGUUAUUCCUUUUCUCCAUAGGGGUAUGUAUAGCAUAGAGACAAACUUCAAAGUUUAAAAAAACCCGAAGAAACAAAUUAACCGUGACUACUCUGCUUUCUGUUACUUAAGAGAGUUAAAAGUGUGUGGAUUUGUUCAUGUAUUAUUUGUAGUGAUUUAAAAGCCAAACUACAAAUUUAAGUGCAUUUUGACUAGUAUAACACCGUUUCGUCUCGCAGCCUACCUAUUUUAUUAUAUAUGGGUAUUAAGCCCUCUUUUAAUGAAUUAUGUUAAGAUGACAUGUGCAUUGAUUAUCUAUGGUAGAAAAUUACAUCACUCUAACACAUUUCUACCUCUCCCCCUAGUGUGCAAACGAUGGUAUUGAGGGGUUGUUUAUGUUGGAGAAAUGAGAACGUUACAUACUGACAUAAUUGUACAUUAACUGCACUCAAACAAGAAGGUAUAUAUGAAGCUAGCUAGAUAUGCGUAUACAUCUAUAUGCAUAGAAGGCACAUGUGCAAAACAGUAAUGAUGUGAGAAGCAGUUGUAGAUACGAAUUACAACUUAUUUCCCAAGAACUGAAGAGUAAUUUAUAUUCCUUUGAGCUCCUGAAAAGGAAAUAGUAUGGCUAACGUUCUGUACAUCUUUGCUGUGGUGAUACUCUUGUUAUACCUUUGCAUCAACUACUUAUAUCUGUGAGUUUAGCUGUCUUCUAAGGAUUUGUUCAGACCUUGCUAUUAAGUUUUUAGAGAAUAUUUUGCCUUUUUACUUUGAACAGAUGUAUUCAUUCACAUGAAUGCUUUUCCACCUUUCUAU